ACAUGGUGCUUAUGGUUCCCAGAUCCGGACAUCGGCUCCAAAUACGCGUUUUGCUACCGCUUGCUCUUUGCCCGAUGAUCACCUCCCCCGGGUUUGGCAUCCGUCGGCAUUCGCCCAAAGGUUUCCGGAAUCGAAGCAUCUCCAACGCUCCAACACCUUCAGAAAUCCUCUGGCUGCUCAAGCAGCUGGCGGGCCAAGCAGCGGAGUCCUCCGUCUUGUUUCCACUUUGAACCCCCUGGUUCAGAACCAUGGAGUUCAUACCCCGCCCACCCGCACACAGAGAAGUCUGGCACAUCACACGAUUUGGUCCACCCCCGCAGCGGGUUCACAGUCGUAAAAAAAAAUACACAGUAAAAAAGAAUUACGGCAAAAGAAAAGGCCAAGGCGUGUAACGUCGGGGAAAAGUCCCGGGGCUAACGCCAGAAGCGGAAGUUGGCCGAG